AUGGCAAUGCCCUUCUUUCGAAAGCAAAAGGAUGACGGUUCGGAGGAAGAAAUUCCAGAAGAAGAGCUUUAUCGAUACACUCGAUACCGGUGGCUGUGCAACGAAACUGAAAACCUUGCGAUGCGUUAUCGCAAAUUCAAAGUAUCGGCCCUUGUAGAUGCCGCCGUCAACGCUGUUGGCGACGAUGCUACAUCUUGUAAGGUUAUAUUUUCAUCGAUCCCGAAGCUGCGGUCGUUUAGAAUCGAACCUAAUAUUGCUACGAUCUCAGGUGUGAAGCUACUGAAAUGCACCGAAGGUCAAUACAACAAGGCAUUUCUUAUGACUAUGGAUAAUGGAGCAGAGGUUCUGGCAAAGAUUCCUAAUCCGAACGCUGGUCCGGCUUUCUAUACGACUGCCUCUGAGGUUGCUACACGACAUUUUCUACGUACAGUCUUGAAGUUACCCGUCCCACGCAUAUACGCAUAUUCUGCAGAUCCCCUCAAUCCAGUCGGUUCCGAGUACAUUAUUGAGGAGAAAGCAGGAGGCAAACCACUAGGGAGUCUUUGGUAUCAGUGGCAACCAGAAUCUCGACUCGAUCUUGUGACUCAGCUCGUUGAAUUUGAGACAAAGCUAGCGUCGAUUUCAUUUCAGAGACACGGUUGCAUCUACUAUAAGAAGGAUCUGGAAAAGAAAGGUCUUCCGCCCUAUGAACUAGAAGCUAGGUCUUUAUCAUCUGAUGGUCCGACGACGCGGCUCAACUUUGUGCUAACAGAGGGGUUUGCAUUUGGGCCUUUGACUGAAGCAAGAUUAUGGGAACGCGAAAGAGCGACGAUGAAUUUAGAUCGAGGUCCUUGGAACACUCCUUCAUCCUACAUGGCAGCUAUGGGAAUCAACGAGAUACAAUGGGCGACGGCAUACGCAAAACCCCAAAUCAACGAUUACCCAUCUAAUGAAACGCCCGACUCUCCCGAGGACUACAUUUCACUAUUGGAACGGUACCUUCAACUCGCCCCCCACCUGUCGCCUGGUCCUUUCCGAACAUCGCUCUCGCACCCAGACCUUCACCUCGAUAACAUAUUCGUUGAUCCAGACACAAAGAAAAUAACUUGCAUUAUUGACUGGCAAUCGGCUUCGGUAUCUGAGCCUUUCUUCCAGCCUAGUAUUCCGCGUAUGCUUAUCCCAGUCGGCUCUUGCUCCCCUGGUGAACGAUUGGAGGCUGCGUUAGAAAAACCUAAUGCAAGAGAAGACUCCAGUGGGACUCUGGAUCUGCUCAGCCAUUAUCAAAAGCUUAGCAGGCUUACGAAUGAACAACGGUGGGCCGCGAUCAAUCUACACAAUCGUUCGCUCCUGACCGAACCUGUAUCUUUGAUCUGUGGCGCGUGGAGCAGGAAUGAUAUAUUUUCUUUUCGUCACGCCUUGAUACACGUCGUUGCUCGAUGGAACGAAGUCGCGACGGCCUCGACGCCCUGUCCUAUCCAAUUUACGGAGCGCGAACUAAAGCUUCACAGCGAUCAAUUAGAGCUUGCAGAAGGUCUUGGAGAAGUCCUGCACCAACUUCAGAACGAUAACCUGAUCCCACUAGGCGGCAUGGUUCUUCGAGGAAACUACGAGCAGGCUAUGCAUAUCAACAAUAACGUUAGGAAGAUGUUUAUCGAUAUGGCUGAGUCAGAGUCGCAGAGAAUUCUCUACUCACAAAUUUGGCCCUAUCAAGACCGAGAUUCGUGA